UUUUGUCGUUGAACUUUCUUUCCGAGUGAAAUUUCUGGGUUCUUUCACAUUCCCCAGUCUUAUUAAAAGCUAGAGAAUUUGUGGGUUUGAUUGAGCACUAUCUCUAGCUCUGGUCAUUUGGCUUCAAUUUUAUUGAAACAGUAGAAAUUUUUAAGACCGUUUUGAUGGAUUUCUUAGUACGUGAUACCUUGUUGAGCAAACAACAUUUUCUUGGCAGCAUUUUUAUUUGUUGCGUCUUAUUGCUUACUUGUAGUUUCAGCUUUGGUGUUGAGAGUGAUAUUAGCUGCCUCAAAAGCAUAAAAGCCUCACUUGAAGAUCCUUCAGGGUACUUAAGCCUUUCAUGGGAUUUUAGCAACACCACCGAAGGCUUCAUCUGCAAAUUUCUUGGAAUCGAGUGCUGGCACCCAAACGAGAACAAAGUUUUGAACAUCAAGCUUUCGGAUUUGGGACUAAAAGGUCAGUUUCCUCGGGGCUUAUCUAACUGCUCAAGCUUAACUGGCCUAGAUCUGUCCGGCAACAAGCUCAGUGGACCUCUUCCUGAAGAUAUUGGUAGAAUCCUUGCGUUUAUUACGACUCUUGAUCUCUCAUCGAACAGCUUCUCGGGGAAAAUCCCCCCGAGUCUUUCGAAUUGUAGCUAUCUGAAUGUGCUUAAGCUUGAAAACAAUGAGUUCUCGGGUAAAAUUCCUCAACAACUUGCCCAGCUCAAAAGGCUUAAAACAUUUAGUGUGGCCAACAAUAGACUAUCCGGUCCAGUCCCAAAUUUCGACGGUUCUGUUUCAUUCGGAUCGGAAAGCUACGCAGGCAACUCCGGACUCUGUGGAGGCCCGUUGAAGCCUUGCCAGUAGAAGCGUAGUACUAUAUUCAAAGUUUGGAAGUCGAAUCAUGUAGUUAUGGCAGCAGCUGGUUCUGGUUUUGGUUUUGGUUUUGGUUUUCCCCUUUUUCUCUGUUUUUUCCCUGCGAGCUGCUAGCAGUGUGCUUUAUUUCAUGGUGUCUCACGAGGAUUUAAGUCGAAAUAAAUCUGAUCAGUAAUUCGUGUCCAA